GGAAAAGGUCUUCGAAGAUGUUCGUCAUUUGAAACUAAAUCGAGUAUAUCCGAUACACCAGGACAGCAUAGCAUACCUCAGACGUUACUGUACUAAUGGCGCAUUACACCUUGACACACGCAUCACCAGGGAGAUGUGAGUUUGACAUGGCCAGUCCGACGUCUGCUUUUCGCGAUCGAACUGGCCACCUGUCCAUGUGGAGUAUAAGUAAAAUAUACCAUGACGCUGCUACUAUAGCUAUAGACCACGGGUUUAUGCCGUCAUCACGAGAUUUGGGUAAAGACAAUAUUCGCUUAUUUCUCAUCAGCGAAAAAUAUGUAAUGUCUCCAACCUUUCGUACUAAGUUCUCUCGGGCUGGAAAACUACAGAAAUACCAUGUAACCUAUACUGUGUCGGCUGUGACACCAGGAAGUGUAAGUAACAGACGGGUUUUUUCCGACACAGACACCGGAAGUUGGUUUUUGAAAUCGGAGAUUAAACUGGUUGCCGUGAAUUGGGAGACCCGCCGAUCUGCCAAAUUUCCGGAUUCGUAUUAUGAGAGCCUGAGUAAACUUGUUGACCAUGAACAUGCCUCAAUAAUGACAAGAAAACAAGACACCCUCAUUCCUCCUGAUACCGCAUUCAAAACAACUUUCCAAACGCGCUACAGUGACCUAGAUUUUAACCUCCAUGUCAACGUUGCGGAGUACUAUCGGUUUUGUUCCGAUGCUACAUCCGAAGCUUCUCUCUCCGGAUACUAUCGGCAUUUUACGUCCGACAUCGUGAAAUACACAAUAAUGCAAACAGAUGCAACAUUCCUGAGCGAAUGUGGACCGCGUGAACAAAUCGUCGUCUAUACUUGGCAGGAUGAAGACAACUUUACGAAGUUAUACUUUGCAAUUUAUCUAAAGAAGGUCAGAAUAUUUCAGUCCUGUUUUAUUUACAAUAGUAGUCUAACACAGGACAAGGUCAUGUCAAGUCUGUGA